GCACCAAGUUAGGUAGGACAAGGGAGAAAGAUAACUCAAGCCGGUAAAGACGGCAAAUCUACAUUAAUAUUUCUUUCUAGCCGGCCAUUUCUAAUUUGCUCUCCCUACAAGCUUCCAAACUCAUAAUAUUUUUACUUCUCCUCUUAUCAUCCCUUUAAAUCCCUCUUCCUUGGAGGACUCAGUCAUAUCUUUUCCAUUUUUUUUUUAAAUUUUCUCUCUUUUCUUUUCGUUGAAAUACGUAGCUGGUCAUCAACGUUUUCAUGGCGAAAUUAUCACAGCAGAAUCACAAGAACACUACACAGAAUAAUACUAGCACUGCCAGUAAUGGUGUUACUAAGGUCAAGAGAACUAGGAGAAGUGUUCCAAGAGACUCCCCUCCCCAACGUAGCUCCAUUUAUCGAGGGGUCACCAGACAUAGAUGGACAGGUCGAUAUGAAGCUCAUCUAUGGGAUAAGAACUGCUGGAAUGAAUCACAAAACAAGAAAGGACGUCAAGUCUAUCUUGGUGCUUAUGAUGAUGAAGCAGCAGCAGCACAUGCUUAUGAUUUAGCAGCACUCAAAUACUGGGGUCAAGAUACCAUCCUUAACUUUCCGUUAUCAACGUACCAAAAAGAGUUGAAAGAAAUGGAGGAUCAAUCUAGAGAAGAGUAUAUUGGAUCAUUGAGAAGGAAAUCUAGUGGUUUCUCUCGAGGAGUCUCGAAAUACAGAGGUGUCGCUAGACAUCAUCACAAUGGAAGAUGGGAAGCACGCAUUGGGAGAGUGUUUGGAAACAAGUACCUGUACCUUGGGACAUAUGCUACUCAGGAAGAAGCUGCCACAGCAUAUGACAUGGCUGCAAUAGAGUACCGGGGAUUAAAUGCUGUCACCAACUUUGAUUUAAGCCGUUACAUCAAAUGGCUUAAGCCUAACCAAACCAAACCUGAAAAUAACCCUAACCCUAACCCUAAUAUCAUAGACACUACCACUACUUCACUAGUAACACCAAACCCUGAUCAAGAACUUGAUCUAACCUUCUUCAACGGCAACAACCACAACCAGAAGCUACAAGAAUCCGAUGUAAUUAGUGAAACCUUGCUGACUCAGCCCCGACCGGUGAAUGCCACGUCAGCCCUAGGGCUUCUCCUUCAAUCUUCUAAGUUCAAGGAGAUGAUGGAGAUGACAUCCGCUGCUACAGAUCACCGCCAGUCCACAUCAAUGAUAUCGGAACCAGUGCGGUGCGGCUUCCCUGAAGACAUACAAACCUACUUCGAGUGUCAAGAUUCCAGCUGUUAUGGAAAUGGGGAUGAUCUCAUUUUCGGUGAGCUCAACUCCUUCGGACCAUCAAUGUUUCAAUGCGACCAGCUUGAUGCCUAGAGGAACUAGAAUUUCAGUGCUUAAAGACAUCUUUUGUUUUUAUUUAUUUAUUUAUUAUUCAUAUAUAAACAAAUAAAGGUGCAUGACUUAACAAAAAAUAAAGAUGCAUGUGUAGAUGCUUUGUGAAUACAAGACUAAUGGCCUUAGAGAUUAGAAUAUUGGAUGAAGUGGAGGAUUUUAGAUUUAA